GCAGAUGGGUUUGAGCUUGUUGCAUCGGUAUGUUUGCUUGUUUUAUCUGUAGGUCCAAGAUGGGCGUCGUGGAACCUUGGUAUCUUCAUCUGCAUUCGCUGUGCUGGGAUCCAUCGGAACCUGGGAGUCCACAUCUCCAGGGUCAAGUCUGUCAAUCUGGACCAAUGGACGCAGGAACAGAUACAGUGCAUCCAGGAAAUGGGCAACGCCAAAGCGAAGCGGCUUUACGAGGGUUACAUCCCAGAGAACUUCCGACGGCCGCAGACAGACCACUCUGUGGAGGGUUUCAUACGGGACAAAUACGAAAAAAAGAAAUACAUGGAUAAGAGUAUCGACAUCGCUGCCUUCAGGAGAGAAAAGGACGAGGCUUGGAAGAAAGACAGCGAGCCUGUCAAAGAGAAAAAGAUGGAGCCAAUUAUUUUCGAGAAAGUGAAACUGAAGAGGGACGAAUCCCAGCAGUUUAAGACCAGCCCCACCAAAGCAGCAGAACCCGUCAUUGAUCUCUUGGGCCUGGAUGCCCCAGCUGCUGGCAGUCGCAUUCCUAAGGGAAAGUCAAGCUCUGAACUGAGCAGUAACUUGGAUUUCUUUGGAUCCAUGGCAGCUCCCUGCCUGGACAGCAGCAGGCCGUCGCCCGCAAGUUCCGUGCCCACCAGGAGCAACGCCAGCUCUGUGGCUGAAAACCUCAACCUGUUCUCUGAGCAGGGGGCUAAACCAGAGGAUUCUGGGAAGAAACAGCUUUCCAAGGACUCCAUCCUGUCACUGUACGGCUCCCAGACUGCACAGAUGCAGCAGAUACAACAGAUCCCAGCUCAAGGUGGCAUGUACAUGGCCCCGGCUCCGUUGGGCUACCAUGCGGGAUACGCUCAGUACCCAUCCCUGCCCGCGGCGGCCAACUUGAUUGGGGGGAUGAUGGCACCGCCGGUGGGCAUGAUGGGGCAGCCGGCCGCUCCGGGCAUGGUGGCACAGAUGGGGAUGCCAGGAGGCGGGUUCAUGGGCGGCGUGCAGACCGCCGUCAUGGGCGUCCCCAGCGGCAUGAUGGGACAGCAGCAAGCCCUGGUGGGAGGACUGUCGGCCGUUCCACAGCCUGUCUACGGGGUACAGCAGGCUCAGCAGCUCCAGUGGAACAUCACGCAGAUGACACAGCAAAUGGCGGGAAUUAACUUUUACGGCACCAACGGGAUGAUGGGAUACGGGCAGCCCAUGGGUGGAGGGACAGCGCAGGGGAGCAGCCAGCCUCUCGGCACGCACGUGUGGAAAUGAUGAACAAGCAAGACCCCGCUCGCAACAGAAGAGAGAGGGGCAGGGGUGCAAAUCUUUCUUACUUACGCUUCAUCAGAUAAUCCAGGGAGGGGAGGGGAAAGGGAGGGGGGUGGCAGGUGGAGCUCAGCCACUUUUUCAUACAACAGAAUCCAUUCUUGCCUUUCGAGAUCGUGCCGACCCACAGUGAGAACCUCUUUAAGAAGAACCUCUUUAAGAGGAACUGCUGCCUGCCAAGCCCACACACCACAAUCUGCUGGAAAUAUGAUGCUUUUUGUAGUGGAAGUAUCACAAGCUCAGUCUGAGACCACUAAUUCAAACGGACAUUAGUGUGGAGUCGUUAUGGUUUAUUUUAUUUUGAAUAGUUGAAAUACACUUUGCUUUCAGUUACAAUUCAAGGGCAGGGCAUAGCUAAUACAGCACUUAUUAAUUGCGUUUGCUCAAAAGUGCAGAUUGUUCUAAUUGUAUUUUAUUUUUAUUGCUUUUAAAUGUUUCAUUUACUUUUUUUUCAUCUGCCAGUAGAUCAGCUGUGUUGCUAUUGCUCAUUGUUUGAUUGCUAUUUAACCCCAUAUCCCAGAUUAAAAGUAAAACUGUAUGUUAAAUAUAGGGUUACAGUAUGGUUUUGGGAGACAGAUAAAUACGGGGUUGCUAAUGUAGGAAAUGUAAUUAUCAGCAGUAGCUAUAACAUAAUGUUUGAUAUUGUUAACUUCUAUAAAAAACAACGUCUCGCUUUAGGAUUAGGUCUAGUUAGUGUUCUCUGGCAUGCACUGCAGUGGGAUUCAGACGCAUUUGCAUGGCUGUCUCAGUCUUCACUGCGAGUUUAGACGCACGUGAACUUCAUCAUUCAGUACUUUAGAAGUCACAAUAUCUCAUAUGUCAAAUUAAAAAAAAUAUAAUAAUAAUAAUAAUAAUAGGAAACCAAAGACUUUCAGCAGCCUUAAAAAUACAACAAAUGUGUGGGGCUCCUUUGAUGAAAAGGCACUGCUACGAAGAUCACUGUGUUUGAAUUUCUCGUGAAUCGCUUCGCUCUGAUAAUCUUUGAGUUGAUCUGGGGGUAAAGUUAUGUAACUCCGCUCCUGCAGGUUUAAUUGGUUCGAUUAGAAAAGAACAUGUUCUGGAAUAAAGACCUGGACUGGAAGGCUGCCUGUCCUUGCCCUCGAGUUUUAGGCAGUUAUCAACACGAAUCCAUAUUUUGCACAUUGCGCUGUCUAAUCUAAAACAUAAUAUGAAGGAGCCAUAAGUCACAAUAGAUGUCAUAUUUGUAGUAUUAGCAAAUAAUACCAUAGACUUGCUCAGCCAUGUAGGCAUCUCUGGUCUGAUUGUACACAAAAAAAAAAAAAAGGUUCUUCUUAAUGAGGUCUUUUAUCAUCUCAACCAAAGUCAUUCUCAGACCCAUCGUUUCAAGAAAGAAAUUCCGGGUCACAAAAAAAAGUGUUUGACUAUAACAUUUUUGCACUUCAGUGUGUGAUUUUAUUAUUUGGUUGAUUUUAGUUCAUAUGUAUAUAUUCACUAUUAUCUGCUGCUGGUCUCUAAAACAAGGGCUGAAUUCAGGAGCCGGCUCUCACUAGCUUGACUGUCUACCAUGAUGACGAAUGUAAAGGCAACUGGUAAAUAACAUUUCUGGGUAUUGAUAUAACUGUGCUGUGCAAACCAUAAAAUAACAGAACCAAAUGGAUUCUCAAAUGGGAUAUGGAUUCUUUCUUCUCUAGUUCUACUAGUUUCAUGCCUGUCAGGUUUAAGUCUGUGAGAUCUCAGCACUGUUUAUGGUGAAUAAACCCCAGGGUUGUAUCUUCUUCAAAUCUAGAGGUCAUUUGUGCAAUAUUCAUAAAGAAGUACUGUGAUGCUAAGUGAAUCGCAUGCCUCUGCGCACACCAGCAAGCUAAGGGUUUAGUGCAUCCUGCUCAUUGAUCCAGGAGUUCUUCACCCUGUUUAAUGAUCUGUUUUCUGAUCCUGACGGAUGUGGUGGAACUCUGUUUCUAGGGCAGGCUUCGGUCUAGAGAAGCCAGGGACCCCUGUUCUGUGGGAUCACUUCUGAAUGUUCACGAGAGUUCUUUCAUAUUGUGCUUAAUGUUUAAGCCCGCCCCUGAACAGAUCUGUGUGUAGAACACAGCCGUUCUGUUAGGACUACAGCCCCAGUAGAGAUGCUGCUAUGAGGCUGUUUAAAAAGUGUAGGGACAGGAACAGGAAUCCUUGACGAUUUAGUUAGAUUGAUGCAGAAUAUAACAUUCUAAAUGUGUUUUCAUAGCAUGUGCUUCACAUUUAAUUAUACUCUUACAUUAUGUCUUGGUACUGUGUCUGGGUAGCUAACUAACUGCUUGAUCUAGCUGUUGAUAAAUGUGUAUAGAAGCCGAGGUUGCAGAAAUGUGUUUUUUUUUUUUUUUUUUAAAAAAGCUUUUUCACAGGAGAAGAUCUGUGGAGAAGCUCUGUCCAGGCAGUUGAGGAGGGAAUAAGAAAGAAAACUGAGUGGAAGGACCUAGAUACCAAAAAUAUACCACUCAUUGACACACUCGCACACACACGCACUCACUCACACACUCUCACACACGCACGCACUCACUCACUCACACACACACACACACACACACACACACACACACCAUUUCCUGUGAUACUGAGCCCGAGGGACACCCAGUGACCACUUUUCUACUUCUCCUUGAUGGAGCGUUAUUUAGGUGGGAUCACAUUUAACCCUCAGACGAAGGCGUUCCAGUUAUGUGUGACAGCUGGUGGUGUUCCAGUCUGUAUACUUAACCAUUGGGGAAGGGUUUUAACUUUGCAGGUUCAGUGUCAUGCUGUUGCUAUGAAUGUAUAUGUGUACAAUAUAACUUUUUUUUUUUUCUAAAGCUUAAAGCUAAGCUUAGAUGUGAGUUCAUUCUUGCUCAUUUUAAUAACAUGCUGUGACUCCACCUGCUGGAUAGGUGCAGGUACUGCGGAUUGUUGGGACCUAAAGAAUACAGGAUUGUUUGUAUAAAGCUUGUUUUUUUUUUUUUUUACAGUAUACAUUUUGCUCUGAUUUUACUAUUGGGAAAACACAAACUGUUAACAAAAAAAAAAAUAGUAAGAAAGAACUUAAGUGCACUUAAGAUCCCUUAAAUUACCCUGUAGAGUUCGUUUCUAUCUUUAUAACAUUAAUUGGAAACGGAGCAAUUAUGCUUUACAAAUCUGACCCAUUAUAGGAGUGUUGAAACAAGGGGAACGAAACAAGAAUGUUUCCCAAAUCACCGUUUCCAAAUCCAGCCGGCACAUUUUUAUUAGCUGUGGAAGUGCAGUUUAAAAUGCUGUGUUUUUUUUUUUAUUUUUCAGACUUUGCAUAGUGCUUGUGAAUUUCUCGCAGAAUGUACCACAGUAAACCUCCUGUAUAUAAACAAUGCAAAGAGCAGUCAGCGCUGCACCCAGGGUCAGCGUCAGCGGCUUUUAAAGCCAAUGUCUGACAGAGUAAAAUGGGAAAUUGAAAAUUGUAUCAAGCAUUGCAUGUUGGGAAAUGUGUAAAUAUUAUUAUUUUGAAAAAAAAAAACCUCACAGCUUUGAAAGUGCACUUUGUUGUCACAAAAUAGCCUGAAACAGUGUUUGACUUGGAAUUGGUUUUCCUACAGUACAGUAAAAAAAAGUUCCAACAUCAGUACAAAGGCAAAUAUAAUUGAAGAGCAAGAGGCAAUAGACACACUUAAUAUAGACCACAUUCAACCAAUGUUAUAGCGCUGUGAAUGUGAGUGGAUCAGUGAUAUCAGUCUGACUGCAAGCACCAAUAUGUCUUCAAAUUUAAUUACAAUAGAUUCAACUUGCCAGACCCGCAUCACCAGAAAAUAAUAUUGGGUUUGUUUUAAAUCAUUAAUUUGGGUCUGCCCUUGGCAUUAGGUAGUGUGCUAAGUUAUUGGAACACCUCAAGAGUUGUCAUUUCUAUCCUUUAUAUACCUGCCUGCAUGAAAACCUCAGGAGGUGAGAAUUUCAAUUUUCGGUCUGUAAUCGGUGAUAUAGAAACUAUAGGCACUAGUGUGAAAAUGUUAGACCACUUUCCUUUAAUUAGGCAUCUUAAACAACUUAUAAAAAAUCUUGUGCAUUUUACCAUGUGUGGCUAAGUGUGCCUUUUCUCUUACUGUUUUUUUUUAUUAUUAAUUGCAUGUUUGGCCUAAUAAAGUGAUCAGUUAAAUUAGACAAUCGCUAAUUUGCCCAUUUUGAAAAUGUUCCAAGAUUUCCAGUUGCAGCGGUUUGAUCUCAUAUGCACAACACAGACCUUUGCACACUGCUGUGUAUUCCUAUAAAGAGACUCGAGUGGAUCGAGGGAUGCUAGUUUUCAUCACCACGGAAACCUGGUUUACUGUAAACAGCAGUUCAUGUUGAUUUUCUCUCUUAAGCUGUAACCAAGCGCUAGAAUUGAUUGAAUGAGAUCAGCAUUUUAAAUGUAACUAGUUCUGUUUACUAAAAUCUGUAUAUUUUUAACUGUCUUCUAAAUUGUUACUGUACAUUGCUGUAUAAUUUAUUUGUGGAUAAGUUUCAGUGUGUACCUGUUUGUUGCUUUCGAUCUCAUUUUCUUUUAAUGUGCAAUAUAAUGUAUGACGAGAUGUUAUUUAAAAGGCUUACAGAUGUGGUAAAUCUGCAAAUAAAAGAUUGUUUUAUGGAA